AGGCGUUUAACACGUGACCGCUAUCAGAACCUUAUUGCAGUAACUCCAAUAGAUUAUUAUUGGUGUUACAAAAGUUGAUGGAAACAAUAGGCGAUGAGUAAUCUUACCACCAGAAACAAUACUGGAAACAGUAGAGUUUUUUCCACGUUCUCAGCUUUUUUAUAUCCUAAGUUUUUUAACAGCAGCGUUCUAUUGACACGUGACAGUGGUUCAUUUUAACUUCCGUUUUUUUCCUUGUACACUUCAACGGAAGUCUAAUACUGGUGUUGUUGUUUCAAAAUCCCGUUCAUGUGACAUCGCUUACAGAUUGUAAGUAACCGAAAGAGAGUAAAUGAAGGGGUUCCACUAGUGAGGAGACACUGUAAGCCCCACGCAUCGUAGCUCAUUUGACGCAGACAACCGGAGUUGCACUCAUAGAACAAGCGGUUGGUGGUCAGCUAGCUGGUUCUUCCACAAACACCCAUAAUGGGGUGUUGUUAUAGUACAGAAGGGGAAAGCCCUGAGCAAUAACAUCAUUGAUGUGUCUGCAGCAGAUACCCAAGGUAUGGAACAGCACGAGUACAUGGACAGAGCGCGACAGUACAGUACAAGACUAGCUGUGCUAAGUAACAGCUUAACCCAUUGGAAGAAGGCAGCAACACUGCCAUCAUUAACAACACAACCACAUCAAGUGCUCGCUAGUGCUGCAGUGCCAAUUGCAGACAUAGAACAGGUUUCCAGAAUUGCUGCCUAUGCUUCCAGUGCACUUUCACAGAUUCGAGUUGAUGCCAAGGAAGAGUUGGUCGUACAGUUUGCUAUUCCUUGAAGCAGUUUUGUGAAGCAUCUCCAUGUUUCAUUCUCUGUAUUUGUCUUGUUUCUUUCCACAUCUAAUCUCAUUGAGAUGGUGGUUAUCCUUUGAGGCAAUUGUGCAUACUAAAAACAAUGAGAAAAAUAUAUCUUAAACUAGCUUUGCACUAAGCAUUGACUGAUACCACAAUCUGCCAGUCAGAAUGAAAGCAAGGUUGCACCUUUUCUUGUUUAACUUGAAAGCCAAUUGUUUUUUUUUAUGAUGUUUUUUUUUUUUUU